AUGGCAGCGCAGACAUACGCCGCUCUGCUGCGGCAGCGAUACCCAUUCCGCGCACCAACAGCGUCCGUCGACCACCUCGUAGUUGGCGGCGGUGUGCUGGGCCUUGCGAUUGGUGCUGGGCUGGUGAACACGGCCGGGCCGCGGACGACGUUCGUCGUCGAGCGACGGGGACUGUUGGGCCAGGAGAACACCGCCCGCAACUCCGAGGUCAUCCAUUCUGGCAUCUACUACCCGGUAGGCAGCAUGAAGUCGCGGCUGUGCAUUCGUGGCCGGGACCUAUUAUACGACCGCUGUGCAGCGCUCGACAUCCGGCACCGCAAGACGGGCAAACUCAUCGUCGCCACGGACAAAAUGGAAAUUCCCUACCUCGACGCGCUCUCCACGCACACCCAACACCCGUCCUUCAGUACGGGCGGCGAGCCCUCCGCCAUGCGCCCGAACAGCAUCAUCCCCGCCUACUUCCUCUCGGGCCAGGAGGCGCGUGAGCUCGAGCCCGACCUGAGUGAGGACGUGUGCGCAGCCCUCCUCGUGACCGAGACGGGGAUUGUCGACAGCGCGGGCUUGGUGGAUAGCCUAGCCCGCGAGAUCGAGGAGGAUGACUACCUUUCUAAUACCAAGGUCGGGGUUGGUCUGGCUAAUCCUGGAAAGCGGAAGGCUGAGAGGGGUGAAGGCGUCAUUUUGCGGGGUACGCGUGUCGUGCGCAUCGAUCCGGAUGAGGAUGGAUGGGUCGUACAGCUCGAGAGUGGGUGGGGGGAGGAGAAGGGCCAAGUCGAAGCUGUUCGCGCGAGUGUGGUUGUCAAUGCAGCGGGACUGAAUGCCGCGUCGCUCGUCAAUGAGAUCCUUCCACCCGAAGAGCGGUGGGAGAUGUGGAUCACCAAGGGCAACUACAUGAAGUACACCGGCCCCGGGGCGGACGUGCAACACCUCAUUUACCCCUGUCCUUCGGCGUCGCUUGACAGCCUGGGCACUCACCUGACUUUUGAUCUGGAUGGCAACGUACGCUUCGGCCCCGACGCCGAACCACUUCUCUCGGCGCAACAAGCCGCUGAGAAUCCCGAUUACUGGCAGGCUGGCGAAUAUCUCGCACCCUCGGCGGCGAAUCUCGCUUCCAUCGCUGAGGCGGCGAAGAGAUAUCUUCCCGGCAUUGAUGCGAGUAAGCUCGCGCCUGACUAUGCUGGAUUCCGACCCAAUAUCCGUCCGCCAGGCGCCGGGUUCUUCGACUUUACGGUGCGCCAUGUGCCGUCACAAAAGGGCUUGGUUUCGUGUCUCGGGUUCGCGAGCCCAGGGCUCACCAGUGCGCUCGCGGCUGGCGAGUACGUCGCAGGCCUCGUUCGGCGCGAGGUGUGGGGCAAAGGAGCGGCGCCCGAGAAGCUUGCCGAGGGGUGGGAGACGUAG